CCGACGCUUCCACUUCUAUUUUCACUCGUAUUCAAUUGUGUUUAUACAUACCCUCUUCCAGCCAUCAUGUCUGGCGGCGGAGGCGACGAUGUAGUUGUGAUCGAUCGUGACGAUGUCAGCAAUUACAAUCCCGAGCAAAUUCUUCCACAGUCUCCCGAGGAAAUCAGAAAAAUCAGAGACUGGCUCGAACCGACCGAAUACUGGCUAGGCACCGGUGAAUAUCGGAAACACUUGGCUUCUCAUGUAUCUGGGACAGGCGCUUGGUUGACAUCCAGUGAAACGUACUGCGAGUGGCUGAACAGCAUCGAACAAGGUCUGCUGUGGAUCAAGGGUAUUCCAGGCUCGGGCAAGGCCCCGGUUCUAUACUUCUUCUUCCGCCAGAUCAUUGAUGCCAACCACGGACCUACUGCUUUGCUUCGAGAUUGGCUUGAUCAGAUACUCCAAUACAGCCCUCCCCUGCAAAAGCGGUUGAAGGAGCUCAGAGAAGACCGUCGCACAAUCGAUAGUAUGUCCAUGGAAGAUCUAUGGAAGCUGUUACGACUUGCCCUUUCCGGACUUCCAGCUAAAGCAACAUGCAUUGCAGAUGCCCUUGAUGAGAUGGAUCAGGGCAACGAUCAAUUCAUUCGGUCUUUAGCCGAGCUAGGACAAUGGAAGCCCUCGCAAGUGAAGGUUCUCAUUACCAGCCGCCCGGUGCCUAGUGUGGAAGCUCCUUUACGAAAUAUCAAAGGAUUUCAAAUGCGACUGGUGGAGGAAAAGGUCGACCUAGACAUCUCAAGUUUUGUUGAGCACGGAUUGGAACAUACAUCCAUCAACACCGAUGACCGAGCACUCAUGAAGGAAGCAAUACCUGGGCGGGCCAAUGGUUUAUUUCUUUACGCCAAGCUUGCCAUGGACGCGUUUCUCAAGCCCGGUGCUCGCACCCGUGAUGUUAUUCAAUCGCUCCCUGCAGAUUUGCACGAACUCUACACGAACCUGCUACAUGAACAUGCUCGUAGGUCUGGGGUACCGCAUGACGUUCAGCUACUUAUUCUCCAAUGGGUGACACACGCAACCCGCCCUUUGCGACUUAUAGAGCUUGCGGAAGUCCUACAUACUACUCAUAGUGUAGACCAAAAUCGCGAUUUUAAGACCUCCAAGGACCUCGUGCGAGCUGCAGCAGGUCCGUUGUUAGAAAUCCUGGCGGAUGAAACAGUUUCCGUCCUACAUCAUUCGUUCACUGAAUAUUUAAAAUGCGUAACCAGAUCUGAAGAUGCUGUUGGAUAUUCCAUUCUACGCACGGAACAAACUCAUUCUCGACUUGCUUUAGCAUGUUUGAAGUACCUGCAAGAAGGCUGUCUCGAUCAUAUACAGGCACCUAUAGAAACAUCCGCAUACGAUUGGGACUUGUCACUAUCUAUUCCAAGUAGCAGCUACAUCUCGCAUGAUGACCGCGAGGAAAACAGGGGGGAACGACAAGCACAUCUCGAUUUUCCGUUCUUUCCUUAUGCAGCGGCCAAUUGGCACGUCCACGUUUUACGCUCGGCCAAUGCAGGUCAUCAUCAGAGUGAGGUCGACACUUCCGCCGACACUUUUCUCAACAACGAUCACUAUUUUAGAGCUUGGCUCAAGGUCGGGUGGCCAAAGGACGAUCUCGAUACAACUGGCGCCACCCCUCUCCACAUUGCCGCUAAGUUAGGGCUUGGCCACAUUAUCAAAAAUCUCAUAUCAAGAGGCGUCACGAUCGAUGCUGCCGAUAGACAUGGGAGGACACCUAUCUGGUGGGCUGCUGCAUCUGGUCAAGGUAGUAUAAUUACGAUUUUGGUUCAAUCCGGAUUCAAUCCAGAUAUUGAUGAUGCUGACGGACUCAAACCACUUCACGUAGCUGCAGAAAAGGGUCACGACAAAGCUGUUCAUGCUCUAUUGGCCGCUGGCGUGGAUCCUCUCACACGGAAAACACAGGAAUAUCGUGGAUUGCAGUGUGGUAACGCGCCACGUUCCACAGGUCAUGCGCCGCUGAUGUAUGCUUGUAAGAACGGUCACCUCGAAGCCGUUGAAGCCUUCCUACCAUUCCUAAACGACAUCGAAGUUGUGCAUCAGGCCUUGAUCUGGUCUGCAGAGAAAGGCCAGUGUCAACUGGUAAAACGGAUUCUUCAACAUCCACAAAUCGAUAUUGAUGCCGGGGUGCGCGGGAAAACUGCACUGUUUGCAGCGAGUAGCAUACCAGAUCGAAACACCAUAAGAGCACUGAUUGAAGCAAAUGCAAAUGCUGCCGUCAUCUGCCACCCCGAAGGUGAUGAGUCUGGCCGUCAGCGGUGGCUAUCAGCGAAAGAAAGGAACGACACGACACGGGGGGAUACUGCUCUGCAAACAUUUUGUCAAUCACAGAGUAAAUCUGCGAAUCCAUUUUCCUCUGCGAGACUUGGCCCAGAUGAGUCGUACGAGAUAUUUUCGCUAUUGAUACAAGGUGGAGCCAAUAUUCAUCAAUGUACUUUGGAGGGUGACACGAUACUUCAUACGGCUGUCAAUGACUCGGUACUGGUGCGUAUGCUUUUGAACGCUGGUGCGGAUGCGAAUGCUGUCAAUAACGAAGAUUUAUCGCCUUUACACAAAAUCGUUUCGCCCGACUCAUUGGCCACCCUCGUCGAGGAAGGUAAUGCCGAUGUCAACAAAGUCCAGAAAGCAAGCGGGAAGACGCCCCUACUAUCGCUACUGGCUUCAGGCUCCUAUUACCGAGGCCACAUCGCAGAAACCAUACAGAAGUUGUUACACUACAAGCCUGAUCUCAAAGCUAAGAAUAAAGGCGGAGAGGGUCCGCUACAUGUAGCACUCAAGAAUAGUCGUAUAGAGCAACCUGUCAUCCGAGCUCUCCUUGACUCGGGAGCGGAUGUCCAUGAACAAAAUGCCGCAGGCAAUACCCCGCUCUUGGCUCUGGAUGUCAGCGGUGAGUCGUCUGGUGAAAUACUAGGUUUGCUCAUCGAAGCAGGAGCAAAUGUCAAUGAAAGAGAUAGUCAAGGUGAAACACUGCUUUGGCGUGCAAUCGGAUAUCACCGUUACGUCAAAUCCUUCAUCUUAAAGCUGAUCGAAAAAGGUGCGGAAAUCAAUGUUCGCAACCAUGUAGGAAGAACUCUGCUCCACGUUGCAGUGGCGUCGCGUGACAUCUCAAAUUACAAUAGUAAAGAUGACGUUCGACAACACUAUCUAGUCAAAAAAGGCCUCAAUAUCCAUGCAACUGAUCACCAUGGAAACACCUUAAUUCACGAAUGGGCGAAAAGAAAUUUCAGCUCACACUAUUCCAAGGCGUACACUGCCCUUGGCCAGGAACUUGUUACUAUGGGGCUUUCUUUGGAUCAACACAAUCAUGAAGGCGAGAGUGCACUUCAUAUUCUGAUCAAUGUGCAUUUCAACUUUCAACAGCCUGGUGCACAUAUUGAACUGGCUCCCUUUGAUUGGAUCAUAUCCAAUAUCAAGAACAUUGAUCAACCGGACGGCCAAGGCAACACUGCAUUGCAUCUCGCAGUCAAGAACUCCGACGCUCUUACGCUAAGACUUGUUAAUGCCAGCGCUGAUCUUGGUCUUAAGAACAAGGAAGGUUUGACACCUCUACAUGUCGCUGCUCUUUUUCGGAGAUGCAACGCGCUUACAAUCAUCCUCGAUGCUGCCAAGUCUCAUGGACAAGACCUCUUGGAUGUUAAAGAUGGCAACCUGAAUACGCCGCUAUAUUACGCAGUUCGAUCCGGAAGGCUGGAGUCAGUCAAAAUGCUAGUUGAUGCAGGGGCAGACAUAACCUCCAAUACUCUGUUUGCUGCCUGUGCAGAUUUCGAGAAAGAGUCAAACUCUGAUGUCACAAACAACGGUUAUUGCCGUGAGGCAUCUAUGGGAGAGAAGCACACAUUGAGGCUAGAAGAGAUCGUUCAAAUUUUGAUGAAAAACGGAAAGGCUGCGUACGACUUUCUGGAAACCAGGCGUUGGCACGGUCAUUUCAAUCUAGACAAUAUCUCUAAAAUGGGCCACGAGUAUACUUACACGAUCCUCCUUCAAGCACGCGAUGAAUUAUCUCGCGACUCCGAAGGUGUGCCAGAUAAUGUUCCAGAGGCCGAAGACCAGGACGAUGACGCAGAUGAUAUAACGUUGUUCCUCAACCGACCUUUGCCUCCCGCACCCGAGAAACCUUUCCUAGAGCACGAAGCCAGAUGCAGAAAGGAGGCACAAUUGAGAGCUGUCCAGGAGUAUACUGGCUAUGUUGAAAACGAUCCGAACAGUGAAUUGAUUAUUCAUCUACUCAAAACCAGAAAAUAUGACUCGUUCCGAAUACUCUUCGAUAAAGGCGUUGAUUUUCAAGCCCCGCACAGUUCUGGCAUAUUCAAGGAUUGUUCGACGCUUGAUAUCUUUGCACAGUACGGAUUCACAACCCUGCUUGAUCAGAUUGUUCCGCUUGUAGCCCAAGCAAACUCUGGAAAAUUCGAAGCUGGCGUUUUCGGUACGACUCCAAUACUUUUUCGAGCCAUUGAUCGAGAGAUUCCCAACAUGGAUGCGGUACGCUUAUUGGUUGAGAAAUUUCAUGUUGAUGUCAACUACAUUAACCAUGUGAAAUCUAGCCAUUCAUCUGGAAACUCGAGCAAUACUGUGUUGCAUCAUCUUGCCGAAGGCAAAUAUUGGUGGCACACAGCGCUUGCCAUCCCCUAUCUGCUGUUCAAGGGAGCUGAUUCAGACUUGAAAGACGACCAAGGCCGCACGCCUUUACAUGUGGCCCUCAAAAAUGUAUCGCGGUCAUCCCAUGGAAAACCAUUUAUAAGAGAGGCUGCUCAUGCUCUCAUAGAUGGCGGAGCCAAUGUCAAUAUAUUAGACAGCCAAGACAAAAGCUGUCUCGCGUAUGCGUUGGACGAUGAGACGUUGAUCAAAGCUUUGCUGGAGCGGGGUGCAGAGGUCAAAGUUGACGCGCUGUCUGCCACUCUCGAGAAGUCCGACCCAGCGAUGCUCCGUCUACUCCUCGCAGCUGGAGCAGGCUCAAGCAUGGUCGAGGGCGAUUCUCCAUUGCGCACUGUUGCAAAGAAACAUGGCUACCUAGACAACUUGCAUAAUUCACCACCAAAAGAACAAAGAGCAGCGAAUAAAAGAAGACAAGAGCAAUUGUUCGAGAUGUUACUGAAAUCUGGCGCUGAUCCCUAUGCGACUUUCAGCGAGAGCUCUACAACUUACGCGUGCGACGAGAACGCCUUGGACUACGAUGAUAUUCCCUUGCUAUUGCAUGGUACGGCAAACAAAGAAGAGCUCGGGAAUGUUACGGUCUUACAUGAUCUUCUUGCUAGAGGUUAUCUUGUGCAUCCUAUUUUGAUGACAAGAGACUUCGACCCGAAUCGUCGCGACCAGCGAGGCCAGACCGCAUUGCACGCAGCAUGUCGCAGUCACCAUGGCAUCAACGCACCUAUCAAUGCCGCGCAUGAAGAAGCUCUGGAACCUUCAUCACUACCAGCACCAUCAUUCUUAGAACACUUGUUGUCUAGGGGCGCGGACCCCUUAGCAGUCGACAAGGAUGGCCGUAAUAUGCUACACUACAUGUUCAUUGGUGUCCAUGAGACAAAGUACACAAGCCCAGAUGCUGGAGCUGUCACCCACCUAGCAACAACAUACCCAAGUCUGAUCAACCAAGCUGACAGAUAUGGAAAGACACCUUUCCUCCUUGCCUUGAGAAACACCGUACUCCAGGAUGACACCACGGCUGCUUUAGCUCUCUUCAAUGCAGGAGCUGAUCCACGUGCCGUCGACUCGGAUCUCAACACAGCGCUUCACAUUCUCACCUUUGGGAUCUGUACCUACUCAAAAACUGCAAACGUCGCUAUACGCUCGCUCUUCACAACCCUCCUCGAUCGCGGUCUCGACAUCAAUGCCCGGAACGCCCGCGGCGAAACACCUAUAUUCAAUGUCCAAAAGCCCAUGCGUAGACACCAUCCAAGAUCUGAGGAAUAUCUCAUCUACUCCGGGUACUGGGAGCUGGGCAGAUUCCACAAACUCGAAAUGUUCGGGAGUGAUGUACGCGGCGCGAUAUCCUUAUUCGUAUCUGCUGGGGCAGACUUCUUCGCUACUGAUAAUCAAGGGCGAGGAUUGCUACAUCACUGUGCGCGGACGAGUUCCUACCUGCUACAUCACUGUGCGCGGACGAGUUCCUACCUCUUUGAAGUGUUGUUGGAGAAGGGGCUCGAUCCGGCGCUCGAGGAUAAGAAGAAGAGGACUGCACUCGACAUUGCUGUGGUGUAUAACAAACAGAGUAUUUUGGAUCUAUUUGGCAAAGAUGGGAAACCAAAGGUGAAGAAUGAGUCUGGCAACGAUGGUGACGAUGAAGGAAUGAAAGUAGAGGAGGAAGUGAAGGAAGAAGAAGAUGAGGACGAGGACGACUAUUCAAAUUUAUCAUGCUAA